AUCUCCGGACCUGUUGCGCUCUGCGCCGGGCUACAGUUCCAAGGAGCGCCGACGCAACAAGUUUCCCUUGAAAGGUUUUCGCGACCAGUCACACGGAUGGAUUUCAAAGAGUUUGGAGAGGAAUCCUCAGAUGGAGAGGCGGAGGGUCUGGACAGCGUGAAGGCUCUAACGGAGAAGCUGAAGUUGGAGACGCGCAGGCCAUCGUAUCUGGAGUGGCAGGAGAGGGUGCUGGGGCGCCCGUGGAAGGAGAGGAGCGCAGGAGACAGUCCAGACCCCGAAGGACAAGCCGUGGCCAUGCCUGCAGUUCUGAGGAACGAGGACUCCGAGCUGACGGUGCGCAACAUCUGUGGCUUUGAUACCAUUGAUGAUGCUUUGGAUUUUCUGAGGAAAGAGCUGAGGGAGAUGCAGGUCCAGGACAACCGUCUGGCCCGUCAGCUCAUCCGUCUGCGGAGUGAGAUCCACCGGCUGAAGGUGGAGCAGGUCUGCCACCGUCACAAGGAGAUGCUCGACGACGCUUCCUACGAACUGGAGGAGUGCGGGGAAGAGUCAGACCUGCUCUGUGACAUUCCAAUGAAGGCCGCCUUUGCUCUGUCCACCCCCCUGAAGCAUCUGGGCCUGACCAAGAUGAACAUAAACUCCAGACGGUUCUCGCUCUGUUAGAACUCGGUGAACUGGGGAGCUUCCCAGCUCCUCUGUGUUGGCAUAAAGAAUGUUUUCACAGUUAUUUCCUCUUCACUGAGGGCUUGGUGUGAAAAUGAACUUUCACAUGUGCCUGACAUGAAUGAGGAAACCUCUGUAUGCAGACCUGUGGAGGCACACACCUUUCCUACUGUCUGAGCUUCCUGCUGGAAUGAUUCAGGGCAUCUUUGUUGUUGCACAUUAUUAAAAAGAGACUGCAGGAUAAUUCAUUGUUUUAAUGUUAUCAGGGAUAUUUUGUGAUGCAAAAACACAUGUUUCUAUGCUCUGGAGAGGGCUUAUUGGAAAAAAAUUGAAGGGAACUUUCAAAAAUUUCAUUUAAUUCACUUUGGUCACUUUGCCAACAAAGUCACAAACCUAAUCUGAAGGGAAAUACAUUGAAACGAUAAUUUAAAAAAACAAUUUAUCUGAAAAGAAGAACCUUGUAAUAACAAUUAGCAGCUUUUCUGUUUACCUAAAUCCCCAAAUGAAGGGCCUGGAAGCUGUAGGUUUGCACAUGUUCAGUUUGAAAUGUCGUGUUCUUCGAAUAAAUCAAAGACUUUGCAUUCAGGGCGCACACAGGAUCAGAUAAAGGAACGUUCAGUUAAGCAGGUGCCUAAAGUAAAUACUCUGAGCUCUUGAGGCCCCAUUCGUCCAUGGCAGGGGGAAAUCAGAGGCUACAUGCAGCAGUUUUUACACCUCUCCUUCACAAGACCAAAAUAUCUCUGCAGUCUCACCACUGCAGUGACAAAAGCCAGAGGGCCCGAGGUUUAUGCGUAUAGCCAGGGGCCCCGGGUCUGGUGUCCUAGUUUCCAGAUGCAACAGAGCUUCUGUGUGUUUGUUCAUUGAUUGUAGAUUGUUAACAAGUAAAAUGAAUGAAAUCUUUGUGGAUUUUACUGUGUAGUAAUCUCAUGCUUUAUCCAUUUUAGACAUCUACAUGCAUUUCCUUUAGUCAGGGAACUAUAGUUAGAGAUUGCUGUUUUUUGACCUUGGGGGUCAUGCUUUGACUUCCAUUGCUCAGCUGACAAAGAGGAGAUCUUUCUCCUUCACUUGUGGGACUGUUAAACAAAAACAGUCCAAAAGAAUAUGGAGCAGGUAUAGAUGGGGAAUUUUAAUUAAAACUCAAAACCCUUUUUCCUGCAAGAAAUUGAUGUUUCUGAACAGCAAAUGAACAGAGAAAUGAAGAUCAGCCAAAUAUCCUGGUGUCCCUAUCACCCUAGGAUUAGACCAGUUUGCCUUCAAGACAGUGGCACAGAGCGUAGUUCUGAACCCAGCAGGUUUGUCUUUUGUCAACUUCCUGCUGAGAAAUGUGCAUUCAAUAAACCAGAUAGAAUAAAAUCCUGACAUUGCCAUUGUAUGUUUGGCCCUCGGACUUCCUUUGAAUGUUUUUCACAUUGUAUGAUUGUCAAUAUAGGCGUUUUGUUGUGAGCGUGGCCAGUCAGAUGAACCUACCAGCUGUAUGUGGUUGACCAUGCUCACGACCAGUUCUUCAAAUGACCACCAUCAGUGGUCAUUUGAAGAACUGGUUUAGAUGGUGUAAAAGAAGUUUACACCUACAGUAAACGAAUGUACAAGAAGGUCAAAGCAUUUUGGAUUUUUUUUGUUAUUUUUUUCCUUUUGUUUCCUUUUAAUUUGCUGUUUUGAUUUUGUUAGCAGACCUUUGAGUCCAUUAGGGGCAUAUGAACUGCCAAGUGGUUGAAUUUAAACUCACCUUGCCUCGUUUCAUCCAUUCACUCAGGAUGUCAUGUUUCUUCAUGGCUCUUUGUGGUGACUCAAAUAUUUCUAUAGAUCUAGUAUUAAUAUGUCUACAUGGAUCUUUGAGAAAUAAAAUGAAAUCAAGCUUUUUGUAUUUGUGGUAGAUCUCAUAUUUUAAACAAUAGAGAGCAGAUCUAAUCUUAAAGUACACAGUGUACUCUUGGGGAUUUAUUAUCUGUGGGUGUUUGUAUGCAUCUUAUAGUCUCAUAUUAGUGGUGAUAUACAGGUACUUUUCUCAUUUUGUGGGUUACUUUUAAAGGACUCCUUUUGUGUCCAUGAGCGGUUUGAUUUUUGCCUGGUACGUUGUGGUGUCCAUCAUUACAGGGACUCUGUCUUAACUUGGUAGGAUUGUGAUAGAAGUCUCUUUACUGUGGGGAAUGUGUUCAUUUCAGGACGUACACGACUACAUAUUAUAGCUCUGCUUUUUUUCCCUUCAUCCUUUUUUUAUCAUAUCAGUUUUUGAUGUGAAGAUGAAGUUUUCUUGUCAAGAUAGAGUUCCUUUUUUUUCCUCGUUAGUGCGUUGGCGUUGUGGUUCAGGUUGCAUUUGCUUUAUGCCUUGUGUUAGGUUGUGUUGGUUUCUCUUCAUUAGUUUCUUUUUACUUUUGUCAGACAAAUCUAAAUUAAUUUAAAACAAGUUAAAGAUUUUAGAAUUUAGCAAUAUGUGUUUUUACUGAAUGGAAAGAAACUGAAAGAGAAAAAGAACCUAAUUAUGAGCAUAUUUACAGUCUAUCUGCCUAAGUCGAACAUAACUAAGAAAGUGCCUUACAAUGUAAGUUUUUAUUUUCAUCACUUUAAUUCACUUGUAAAUGUUUCUUGCUGGUGUCCGUUUUCACUCAAAUACAAUAAAGCAAAGAACUUCC